AUGAAGCUGCCAGCUGCCAAAGACGUCCACUUCGACAUUGACCAGUACCUCAACCGCAUCGUUCCCCACAACCGCAUUUCGCGCUUACCGAAGCCCGUCUCGCGCUUUCUGGGGUACCGGGACGAGCCCGCAGCGCCAAUCGGCAACAUCAUACAGGCGACGUGGGCUCUCGUCGGCGCCUUCUGCGGCCUCACCGUCGUGACGGCCGUCUACAAGUUCGGUCCCGGCAUAGCAAAGUACAACCCACCCGUCAUAGUCGCCAGUUUGGGCGCCGCCGCAGUCCUAAACUACAACGUCAUCACCACGCCCCUCGCGCAGCCCCGCAACGCCAUCCUCGGCAACACUCUCUCCGCCUUAACCGGCGUCUGCAUCGCGAAGCUCUUCAUGCUCGACCCGGAUUACCACCAGCACCGCUGGCUAGCCGGCCCGCUCUGCUGCGGCUGCGCGUCGUGGGUCAUGACGCUGACCAACACCGUCUACCCGCCGGGCGGCGCGACGGCGAUCCUAGCCGCGACGGACGCGACCGUCGGCGCGCUGGGCUGGGUCUACGUGCCCGUCGUGCUGCUCGGGUCGGUGCUGAUGCUGGGCGUCGCGCUGCUCGUUAAUAACGUGCAGCGGCAGUAUCCGGCGUAUUGGUGGACGGCGCAGGACGUCGGGAAGGAUGCGCGGAAGGAGGGGGGGGAUGUUGAGAAAGUGUCGCGCGGGAACGAGAAAGAUGUGCGUGAGGAGCUGGGCGUCGAGGAAGUCGGGAGUUUGGAGCGCAAGGUUGUGAUUACUGAAGACCGCAUUUACGUUCCGGAGGGCUUCAAUUUCGGCAUUGUCGAUGCGCAGUUCGUCGAGCUGCUGAGGGCUCGGCUGCGCAACAGCAGCGAAGGCGGUGCGGGCGCUGGAUACGAUACCCCGGCGCCGCCGUCCGAGUCCGGGUCGAAUGGCACUUAUCUUGGGAGCAGGGACAUGCUGCCGUCUCUCAAGUCGCAGAAGUCGCACGAAGAGCCGUAG